AUCUUCUUUUCCUGUCGAGCAGCAGCACCGCGAAGAGAGCCGUCACAUGGCCGCAGCGAUGGGCCCCGAGUUGGACUAAAGUACCGUCGCUUCGUCAGACCACCAGCGAAACCUCGCGGUGAGAUACACGGAGUGCCUCGUGAGGCGGCAGCUGCGUGUGCCUCUCCUCGAUAGGCUACUAAAGCGAGCUAACUAGUUAGCCUCUCUGCUAAGUUAAAGCCAGACGUCGGUGCUAGUUUAGUGAAGCCUCGCGUAACGUGACGCUCUCCGCCUCUGUGACGUCAGCUACUCGUUUCCCAGUUCGCACCGUAGUUAUUACCGUCCACUAUUGUUUCACUUCGCGUAUCUAACCAGCGUUACGAGGCUUAUUGCUGUCAUGUUUCUCUCCCUCCCAUGGUUGGUCGGGGCGGGGUUUCCUCUCUCGGCCACGCAGUCGGAGGUGUUUGUCUUGCCUUUACAGCCAUGGAGCGAUUAAAAGCGACAUCAGCGCUCCAGUCGCGGCUCUCGUCCCUCUCCUUCUCGUCGUUCCCGGGAGUCACGUCCAAGCAGAGCGACAGCAGACCGCUGGACAGGCUCCAGAUCACAGACCUUUCACAGAGCUCUGCCCAACCCAAAGACCGAGCUGAUAUGGAUCAAACGAAAGGGGAUUCAGAGACACACUCUGAGGGUAAUGCAGCGGCCCCAGCAGAGCUUGCCCUGGGGGAAGGAGGCGAGGAGAACAACAGCGCUGGGAGUCAGCUCUCUGCUGAGAUGAAAGCCCAGAUGCCGCCCCUGAAACCCCCGACAACGUGGACAUCUGCUGCCCUGAAGGAGCUGAAAGCGAAGCUCCGAACGGAGGACGACAGCAUGGUGACGGUGUACCGAGGCGACAUCAUGACGGUUCACGUGCCCACCGUCCCCGAGGCCAGAAAAGUGUGCUGGGAGUUCGCUACGGACGGUUACGACAUUGGCUUUGGCAUAUAUUUUGACUGGACUCCUGUCACGAGCCGCUCUAUCACUGUGCACAUCAGCGAGUCAAGUGAUGACGAAGACGAAGAGGAGGAGCUGGAAGGGCCGGUCGGUAACGGAGAUGUGGAGAAGGGCUCCAAAUCUCAAACCAACUCCAACUUGGCUGAAAUCUUACCUGUUUACCGCCAGGACAGUCACACAACCGUCCAGGGGGGGAGCCACGAUUUUCCAGGUGAAGGCACUUACCUCCUGAAGUUUGAUAACUCCUACUCACUAUGGCGAAAUAAAACUCUUUACUACAGAGUUUAUUACAGUGCCUGAGAUGCCAGUUUAUGAAUGUAGAAUUUAAAGAAGAUUACUACUCGUAAGACUGAUGAACUAUUUUUGAUCCCAUACUAAAUUAAAGUUAUAAUAUAAAAGGUUAAAUAUAAGCAUAUCUAUUUUCCAGCUUGUGUUGCCACAUGUUGAAUUCACAAUCCGAUAGCUUUAAAUGCAACAUUUGCUCCAAUAUCCUACUGAUAGCUAUCUGAAGCGUAUGUGCCAUGUCCCUGUGAGUGCACUGCUAUUUGGUCAAGUGCCCGUCAUUUACGAUGAAUCUUCAACUGUGACAUUUCUAUGGUAGCAGUGAUCAGGGAACACCUGCACAACAUUUAGUUCACCAGGCCAGAUGCUCAAUCAGCAGUGCCCUAAAGAAAUAUACAUUUUAUUGUGUGUGUGCGUGUACUGUAAACGUACACCUUUUUAUGAUUAUGUUGCUUUGCUGAUGUUCUGUGUAUUUAUCCUUCUGCUUUGUAUUGUAACUUAUUUUUUAUGUGUCAAAUUAUAUCACGUUAUAAUGGAGAAUAUAAUUAUAUAAUACAAAUUCUGUGCACAGAGUUGUUUACUGUCUUAGUGGUGUGUCGCUGAAAGAUAUAAGUUGAACGUGCUGAAGCAAGUGGUAACAGUUUACCGGCGUGUGCUUUUUAUGACACAAAUGAAAGCCAUCCCUUAUCACACAAAGCUCUUAUGUAAUAUAGAUUCAAUAUUUACAGUUGCCCUCCCUCCCUUUUUAAUUUGCAGUUUCAGAGGUAGCAAACGGUUGUAAUAUUUCAUCUAAAUGCAUUUUGUGCACAGGUCUAUGUGAGUAAAGGUCGAUGUUUGUUUUUGAAUCUCCUCGGUGCGUUCGGCUUAUUUUGAUUGCGUUGCCUUGUUCCCUCCGGUUUCUAAAAUCGCCGAGUCUACCACACACACACACACACACACACACACACACUUGUGCGCAUGUUCCCAAAGAUGUCUCGGGCUUGGCUUCUCAUGCCGAAUACAAUGUAAAGCAACUGGUUUGAAGCUCCCCAUGUCUGCUGAACUGUACUUUUACUGUAAGUCAUGAUGACUCUUGUUCCUGAAAUUUAUAUUCCACAAUAAAGAGAAGAUUGACUAUUU